CACAGCAAAGACAAACUGAAGUCAAAGCCACCAUCAUGCAGACCAGCAGUAGCCAGUGCUUUCACAUAUCCAAUAAAAAGUCUCUUAUUAAAAAAAAUCCAUGCAUUGAUGAGAGAAACGAUGACAACCUGGAAGAGGAGGAGGAUCCAAGUGAAUAUUGUGAUGGAGGUUACCAUCCUGUACAAGUGGGAGAUGUUUUUAACAAGAGAUAUAAGGUUCUGUCCAAGCUGGGAUGGGGUUACUUCGCUACUGUGUGGCUUUGUGUGGACCUCAGAUCUGGAAGGCAUGUAGCAGUAAAGGUCCUGAAAAGUGGACCUGGUUUCUCACAGGCUGGCCAAGAUGAGUUAUCACUACUGCAAUGUGCCAGCGGUCUCUCAGCCUGCCACCCUUUGAGAGGACGCAUUGUGCAGUUGCUGGAUGAGUUUAAAAUAGCUGGUGUUAAUGGCAUCCAUGUGUGUCUGGUAUUGGAGUUGCUGGGGCCAGAUUUACAAUGUUGGCAGGUGUGUUUUGGUAAACCUGGUCUCUCACUUGCAUGUGUCAGAAGAAUAAUCACUCAGGUGCUCGAGGGUCUUGACUAUCUGCACACACACUGUAAGAUCAUCCAUGCAGACAUCAAACCUGAGAACAUUCUGCUGUGUCUGGGGCAGCAGCCUCUGGCACACAAGACACACAUUAAUCCUGAGAAGAUUUCAGUGAAAAUCACAGACCUUGGUAGCUCCUGCUGGGUGUACAAGCACUUCUGUGAAGAGAUCCAGACCCGGCAAUACCGUGCUCUAGAAGUUCUACUGGGUUGUGAUUACGGGCCUCCUGCUGAUAUCUGGAGUUUAGCCUGCAUGGCUUUUGAGCUUGCCACUGGUGAUCCUUUAUUUGAGCCCAAAAGUGGGAGGAAUUUCUCUUCAGAAGAAGACCAUCUAGCCCAUAUCAUUGAGCUCCUGGGAAAGAUCCCUGCAUCAGUGGCUUUGUCUGGGAAAUAUUCAUCAAAGUACUUCAACAGAAAUGGAGACCUGAGGAGAAUUGCUACCCUUCGUCCCUGGGGGUUGUAUGAAGUCAUGAUAGAGAAAUAUCACUUCCGUCUUCAGGAGGCAACUCUCUUCUCUGAUCUUCUGCUUCGAAUGCUCGACUUCCUGCCAGAGCAGAGAGUGACAGCAGCACAGUGUCUCGAACACCCAUGGCUGAAACUGUGACCUUACAUUCCCUUUUGAAUGUCAUAAACCUUUACAUUUUCAUUUGAGAUUUUAUACUUUUAGAUGUAAUGUUUUUGGCACUACAAGGUUUGAAAUUCCUUCACAUCAAUAUCUUCAUUCUAUUUUGACUUUUUAAACAGUGAUAUUUUAUAUUGGAGCCCAGGAAAGACAAGCUGUGAGGAUAAAGGACAAAAUGUCAGCUGAAAUAUGAGCUAUAUAGAAAGUACAGCUCUUUUUUUACAUUGUUAUGAAUAAAUGACCCUAAAUAAAUAUUUCACAUUCAAUAAAAUGCUGCAAAUGCUUUAUAAUAUUUGACAUUGUAUAUGCCACUGUAUGCUCACAUGAUUGAUCACAUGUUCUUAAUCUUUCACACCUGUUUCUUGGCACCCCCAAUGUGCAAAAGUCUCUCUUUCACAGCUCUCUUUGUCUCACAUUUGUCUUUGAUGGCCACGGUAGUCUCUCUCAGGCCUUUGGUUUCAAAGGUUAUGUUCAUGUUUAGCUUUUUUUAGCUUUGCAAUUUACGUGAAAGUAAUACUACAAAUGUACAAAUGACAUUUUUAAUCUACAUUAUAUUCACAGUUUGCAGCUGCUCUCUCUCUCUCUCUCUCUCACAUGCUAUUUACAUGCUCAUAAGUUUACCUCAGUGUAAGUGAAGAUCACUUAUAAAACUUAUUAAAAACUCAAACAUCUUUGUUUAUGCUUAUAAAUACAUAUAAUUUUGUCCAUGUUUUAUAAGACAUUAUCAUUAUAACCAAAAUAUUUAAAUAUUUUUCCCCUAACUUUACUAA